UAUUUUAGAGAUCAAGGGUCCAAUUUCCUCAAAAUUUUCCUUUUUUUGACCCUUCUACUCUUCCUUUUCUUCUACUUGUUUAUUUCUGUUCCGUCUUCUAAUCUUUAAAAUGCAUGGAGAGUCCAUCCCUACUCUGAUUGUGAGUAUCAUAUGAGUGUGUAUGUUCAAGGAUGUCACGGUCUUACAAGGAAACAUUUUGAACUGUUGUGAAAAUUUUGUAGUUUUUUUUGCACCAUCGUAUAGAGCAGGGUCGAUAACCUAUUGCCAAUUUUUGGCUUUUCUUCCCCUGACUUCCAUUUCGAAAAGUUAUAGGGCUUUAAAGAUGGCAGCAGAUAAUAAAAUAACUCCUCGUGAUACAACAAUGACAUUUACUUGUUUUGUUCUUUUUGAUAUGUGGAAUGCUUUGAGUUGUCGAAGUAGUCGAAAAAUGAUUUGGGAAAUUGGACUUUUUGGAAAUCGAAUGUUUUGCCUUGCAUUAGUUGGCUCUCUUUUAUGUCAAUUGGCGGUUAUUUACUUUAAACCUUUGCAACAUAUUUUUCAAACAGAAGCAUUAACUAUUUUUGGUAUUUAA